GACUCUUGUUAAAAAGUGAAACAUUUAUUGAUUGUCUAUUGAUUAUUGUCACGAGUUAAAUAAAAUGUCUCGAGUAACAUUACAAAAUCGUAGAAAAUACAAAAAAAUAUUUUCUGAUGCUGUUAAUAUUUGUCUUGAUUCAUUGAAAAAAGAUCAACAUUAUUAUGUCAGUAGAUUGGGUUGUAGUAAAUCAAUUUCACCUUUGGCUGCACGUUUGAGUAUUAAAUUAUCAGGACACAUGAAAGAAAUAAUAAAAGAAAUUGAAUUGGAAACAUUUGAUGAACCAGUUAUUAAAAGUGAUGAUGAUUUUCUUCUUGUUGAUGAGAAUGCAGAGUUUGAAAUGGAUGAUGUCAAUGAUUCAGAUCAAGAAGAGAAUAAAUAUAAUUUACACAGACGUCUGGAUCCUUUGUUAAAUGUAUUAAUUGAAGAAAAUCAUGAUAAUUCAAUUAUUGAUGCUUCAACAAAUGAAAACACAACACCCAGAGAACCAGACAUUUGUGGUGACAAUAACAGAAGUGGUGUGCCAUCUGAAUCAUCAUCAGUUAAAACUGAUUCAGUAAAAACAUUAAAAAAUAAACAGCUGACAUCAACAGGACUUUUAAAAAAGCAGAAUUGUCCAAAAGCAAUACCAAUUCGAAAACGAGUACAAAUUUUUAAACCAAUCAGCUCCAAUGUUGACAAAGGUAAACAACAAGUGUCAAAACCAGUUGAUAAAAGCUCAUCAAGUACUGCUAAUAACAGUGUUGUUAUUGAAAAAAAUUCACGUCAAAUAAAUCCAGAACAUAUUGUACCACAUGUUAUAAUAAGUGAGUUGCCAUUGCGACAACAAAGUCCCUCACAAUCCACGAGUGAACAGUCUCCAAUAAAAAAAGUUGAUGCUCAUGUUUCAAAGACACGUUACACAGCUGAAUCUGAGUCUGAUGAUGAUAAUAUAACAUUGGUAAUAAAUAAGAAAACAAAUAAUGCCAAAAGACAAAAUCCAAUACAAAUAGAUGAUGAAUUGGAGGAAUUCAGUCCAAAUGACAGUGAUGACAAUACAAUGACAACUAAAGGUUCACCAAAAAAACAACCAGCACGAGUAACUCGAUCAUCAAAUGAACGUUCACCAAAAAAACAACCAGUUCGAGUAACUCGAUCAUCAGCCAGAUUAACACAACCUGCAGUUAAAUAUAACUUGUGUUCUUCAACAUCUGAGGAUGACAAAACUUCAUCAUCUUCAUCAGAAAAAAGUGAUGAUGAGAGUGAGGCAUUAUCAACAACAACAGCAUCAACAACAACGACAAAUAAUAACUCUGUUAAAAGACAACGUGCCAAACGAGGAGGAAAAAAAAAAAUAGAUACAAAAAAAUCACUUUCUCAAACAACUAUUCAUCAUCCAACUUGGACUUUACAAAGAGCAAAAAAAAGAGGUAGAUAUAAUGGUAAAACUGACAUUCAAAAAAUGAAAUUUUGGUCACAAAGAAGAGACGAUAUUGAUAAAUUAAAUGAAUUAGUUUAUGCAAAAUGUAUUGAGCUUAAAAAUGAAGAUUCAAAAAUUACUGAUGGCAGGAUAUUUCAGAUAGCAAUGGAAGUUAUAGAAAAAUCUUUACCAAAAAAUUUUCAUCUUUCUCGUACAACUUGGAGAAAUGAAUUUUUAAAUAAAUAUAAUAUAACUGGUAAACCAUCAGAACGUCUAAUUGAACCAAUAUCAAGACAGUCAGCUAGACUUGGUGAAGAAAUAUCUUCGUUUUUAAUGAAAAAAAUAAUUAAAAAAAUUACAACACAUGAAGACAUUAAUGUUGAUAUUGCAAGUAAUGUUAAAACUAAAAAUCGUAAACGAUCAACAUCAUCAAAUUUACCACAUCAUGCUGGAUCAAAAAAUUCAUCUGGUCACAAAAAAUCAGCUUCACCUUCAUCAUCAUCACAAAAGAAAUUUAAAUAUUGUUAUACUGAUAGUGAUGACAGUUAA